CACCAACAUCACUACUAAAUGCUCUGACUUCGACUAAAUAUGCCAUCAUUCGAUACAAAGCUCAAUCUUCGUCCCUAAAGCCUUCACUAAGGUUUCAAAUCUUCACCAGAAAGACUACGAGGCCAUACGUCUUUUACUACUUGGUUUAUUCCUUCGAUGACCGCAUUUUCGCUCUGAAUAUCACGGAAUUUAUACCCCAAGCCGGCCCAAGAUAUACUAAUUUCAGUUUCAAAAAAUCGGCUCUCGUAACUUUUUCCACGGCGAUCAGGUCACACCAUCGGGGGAUUAUUUACCGGCGAGAUAUCACGAUAAAGUAUCGCGGUUCUCGACAAAUAUUGUAUCGGCCCCCAAAUCUGGAAGCGGUGAACCGUGUCAGCAUCUUCUCGUGGAAGCCUGAUUCUUCGAAGUGCAGAAGAUCUCCCAAAGCUGAACCUGUCACCAGCAUACAACUUUUUCCAUACUCAAAUAUUGUGAAGAUCAAUCGAUAGCAAGAUAAUCAUGAUCCCCAGCUUAAGACACUUUAGCGAUGACUUUCGAAUGACAACUUGGAUCUUGAUGGUUGCCUGUUUUCAGGCUUUCUUUCUACUAUUCCUUCCAGUCUCUGUAGUGAUUGCUCCACCUAUUGCGGCGCUCAGCUCGCGAAUCAUAUACUUUCUUUUGGUCAAACGUGGCAUUGUUCGCGAUUCACAAGUAGACGGAGUUCGAGCUGGGAAGUAUACGGCACAGAUCCCGAGGGAAAAUGGCUCUUUCUCCGCCAGUCCUUCAAGCCAGGAGGUGGUGGUGUUUAUACUAGGCGCUCGAUCAAACCAGUAAUAAUUCAUUCCACUGUAGAAGCCUGCGGUAUAUAGACAUAUGCUAAUUUUUGACAGCAACGAAGGUCGUUUCGCGCCAGGGUUCAAAGCAUUUGCAGAUGUCUUUGGCGCAAUGUGGCAAGAGCUUGGUGCAAACCGCACCAAAUGGGGAUGUAAGAUUUUCCCUACACAGUAUCUUUUAUUUUUAUUUCUGACCGUUCGCACAGAUCUAGGCAAGACAUCAACGCUUUACUCUACCGACGCAGAUUCUGGCAAUACCAUGGCGUGGAUAUCAUAUUGGAAGUCGCUCGAACAUCUCCAAGCAUUCGCGAAAUCACCUGUGCAUCAGAAAGGACUCAAUCUGUUUUUUGAGGGGCAAAAAAAGCAUCCCCAUCUUGGUAUCAUGCACGAAUCUUACUCGGUACCGAAAGGCCACUGGGAGACAGUUUAUCAUAACUUUAAGCCUUUUGGUUUUGGUAUGUGACUACUGGAUAGCUGAGAAUAGAGACAUUACUAAGGCUCCAUAGGUCAAACCAAGCAUGUCCGAGGACAAGGUGACAAUUCUGCUGAGACAAUCAGCCCGCUUAUAAGUGCUGAUGGCCCAAGUUGGAGCACCAUGGCAAAAAGAAUGGGCAAGGAUGUUGAUCGAGAAAAUUAUGAUAACGACCUUAUGAGACGAUAAAUUAUGUGUGGUCCUUGAUCAGACUGAGUCAAGAGGGAUGCAGCAUUAUUGGCGAAAAAUCAUUUCUGU